AUGGCGGACGAGACACCAAGUACAGUGAAUCUUGAUCUCAAUUUGGGACCUCUUGAUCAUUUCAAUAAUGAUGGUGAGUCUGGCUCAGGAUCUUAUCCUCAUGUCUCCAUAAACUUGGAGGAUUGGUUAGAUGGUCCUGUUACUAGGCUUAGGGAAGCUGUCAGGCAGAGGAGUCAACGUUUGCGGUCAUUGUUGAGGCAAGUUCCGAUUCCCCCUGAAACUAGAAACCUUGCCUUGGAAUUAAUUGGCGGUAGUGGUUUACAGACUGGUGAGGGUAGUGUUGCUGCUGAGGAAAGACCUACAGAGGUUACCAAAAUGUGCGAGAAUGGCAGUGGUUAUUUGGAUGGUGAGGAUCUGCGAAAAAAGGAGGAUGAUGAAAAAAAUAACAGUAAUGAAGGGAGCUUUUUUGACUGCAAUAUAUGCUUGGACUUGGCUAAGGACCCUGUUGUAACCUGCUGCGGUCACUUGUUUUGCUGGCCAUGUCUUUACCGGUGGUUACAUCAUCACUCAGACGCCAAGGAGUGUCCCGUUUGUAAGGGAGAGGUUACAGUUAAGACUGUGACCCCAAUUUAUGGUCGUGGUAACAAUAAAUGGGAGCAUGAGGUGGAUUCUAUUCUGAAGAUUCCUCUCAGGCCCCAAGCACGGCGUAUUGAGAGCUGGAGACAAACUAUUCAGCGCACUGCAUUCACUAUUCCAAUGGAGGAAAUGAUUCGGCGUCUUGGAAAUACUUUUGAUUUGAGUCGAGAAUUGGUCCAGAUCCAGUCUCAAAAUUCUAAUGGUCCUCGUGAAUCACCUGAGAGAAGUAACUCAUUACUCAAUCGGUUACUGACUUCUAGAGGAAUGCGUAGAGAAAGAACUCCAGCACUGCCACCUGUCGAUGUGGUUGACCUAACAGAGAGCAGCCCAACUAACCCUGAGGUGGCACAAAACCACCGACUUUCAUCACUUUUACUUCGUAGGUCAAAUGCUGCUAUCUUAUCCAACCUUACAUCUGCAUUAAACUCUGAUGAAAGUCUAGCCGCUGAGAGGUCUGUUGAAUCCUAUUUCCUUAACAAUACCUUGGAAAGAAAUCUUGAACUGCCUCCACCAGUUGAUGAUAGGAGUUCUGUUUCAAGCAUUGCUGCUGUUAUACACUCAGGGAGUCAGACGAUAGAUAAUGCUAUUGAAAUUGAUUCCAGAGUUUCACUUUCUACUUCAUCUUCGAGAAGAAGAAAUGAUACUUCGAGAAUUUCAGAUGUGGAUAGUGGAGAUUCACGCACACCUAGGAGGAGAAGACUAAACUAA